GGCGGAUUAAGAAGCACCGCAUAGACAAUUCUCAGCACAAUCCUCGGACUGCCAUGGUCACAAACUGGGGAGAAGUGUGGUAGUGCAGUGCGGCAUACAAGCCUCGUUCUGCAAUGGAUGAGUGUGUGGACUUCCUCACCGCCGAAGAAAAGAGCUUUGUUCUUGUGAUACGCGAACAGUUUCGUGACGAAUUGACCACUAGAAGGGAGCAAGGCAAGGCAUUUUCUUGCUUCUUCGGUUCUGUGGCAAUUGCUCGAAUACUUCAAGCUGUUGAUGGACACACCGAUAAGGCCAUUGAAUGGUUUCAAUCACUUUUGCGAACGUUGUCAGAAGAAAGCACAGAAGCACUAGUGCUGAAUGUCCUUGAAGCCUUUGCAAAACACAACUUUGUCGUUGAUGCAAGCAUUUUGCCCCACUAUGACACUGUAAAAGACUUUUUCAAUGCAGAGCUUUGUGCUCCCAAGCUGUCGUCAGAUGGCGACAUGAUCAUGUAUUUGCCACUUGUUGAUCUGGACAGGGAUGGCAUUUUGCAGCACUUGGAUUGGGAUCAUUGGGUGAAGUUCAGCCGAGCAAGCACCAUCCUUCAGUGCGCGGCUUUGGACAGAAUCUCUCGAGGAUGCAGCAAAGUAGUGAAACUUGUGCUCAUUGUAGACAUGGAAGGGUUAUCUUUAGAAGGCGCGAUCCAUCGCACGUUUGCACGGGCGCAUCGGCGAGAUGUUGUAGACAGUUUUCAGCAGAAGGUGGCAGCUGAAAUUGUAACAUCAGUACAUGUCAUCAAUGUGCCUUGGACAAUUGCCAAUCUCUUCAGUUUGUGCAAAACCUUUCUGCCCGCCAAAUUCUUGCAGAAGUUCAAGGUGUUGAGCGGGGACUCUCUCCAAGAUGCAUCCUUUGUGAAGCAGUGUGGAGGUGAAGAGCAGCUUUCGAGCCUCCUUUCAUCUCGCAAAGGUUUGGUCUCUCACCACACGCAUGACAGCCAGCAACUCUUCUUCUUGGAUACUUGGCCCAAUGAAGACGAAUUGCAUUCCAUUGCAAAUUUGCGGGGAAAAUUUGCAGAGAAUCUUGCAGAACGACAGAGGUCUGGUACUGACUGGCCUUGCUUCUUUAGUGAUGUGGCGCUGGCAAGGGUGCUCCGAGGUAAUGAAGGAUAUUUUUCAGAAGCAAGUAACUGGUUUCAAACUUUCCUGAGAAAGAUGGAGAAGUACCACGUUGACGAGAUUGUGCAAGCGAUGAACUCCCAACUAGAAGCAUCAAAACUUGAACGUGCUGCCCUCACCAUGCUGCCACAUGCAGAUGAGGUUGGAAAAUACUUCCGCUGCACACUCUCAGCACCGAAACUUACACCUUCUGGUGACGUGAUUUGGUUCAUUCCACUGGGUGACUUUGAUCGAAAGUCUCUUGUGCAGAAUGUGAGGUGGGAAGAUUUUGUAGAAUUUCUAAGAGCUCUUUGCGUUUUGAGAGCACUUGAAGCUCAAAGACUUAGUGAAGUCCAACAUCGCAUGGCUAAGUGCAUCACCAUCCUUGAUCUACAGGGUAGUGGAAUUGGUGCGACAGGGAUCCCCAAAGUCGAAGAGUUUGACGAGCCGAAUCAGAAGAACGUAAAGUUCAUGCGAGAGAUUCUGAUUGAUAUUUUGGGGCCUAUCUAUGUCUUGAAUGCCCCUUGGGUGGCAGUGAAGGCAUUUAAUUGGUUUAAGACACUUGUGCCUGCACGCUUUUCGCGAAAGCUUGUUCUUCUGGAUGGCGACGGAGCCUCGGAUCUGGACUUCGUGGAGCUGGUGGGAGAAGGCCAACUGAAGCACUUGCUGGCGACCCGGGUGGGUCUUCUUUGCGGAGAGGUUGAUGGAGACUUGGGAGCCUGUACCAUAUCGGCGGGUGAGUCACUAAACAAGGUAAGAAACCUCAAGCAAGGUGAGACAAUUUCUUGGUCUAUCUCUGUUGAAUCUGGGGAUGCUGAUUCAUGGUUCGGAGUGUCUGACAUUUUGUCAACUGCAAACAUGAUUUAUGAUGACCUAAACUCAGAGGGGAAUCCUGGCAAAGAGCAUGAUUCUGCUCUUGAAGAGCUAUGGGUUCUUGCAUCUGAUGGAGAAGUCACUCGAGAAUACACAGCAGAUCGCAACGGUGUCAUUCGACUCUGCUGGAGCAACGAGCACAGCCGAAUGCGUGCAAAGAACCUGCGGUUUCACAUUGACGUGCGCAAGACAGGGUCGCUUUAAGCGAGUGGCAAAAGUAUAGCGCUUCAUUGCCAACCCACU